GGGAGGGGAGUGACCACACGAUGAUUCCAAUGGAAACACGGAGAAGCCCAUUAAAGAGUCCAAGGCAAGCCUCCUCUCCAUACGAUGAUCUUUUUCAGCAGUAUCUUUGCUUUGCUUUUGAAACUGUGCUUUGGAUUUUGAACCGUCAUAUUGUAUUAUCCAGAGUUUUGAAUAAUCAUGGAAAAAACAUUGAACGUGUCGCAUUCAGGGAGCAGUAAAGGAAAGUGGUCAUUGGAUCUGGGGAAUCCCGCACACAGAGAGGCAAGAAGCGGCUCGUAUAGUCCGGGAACAGGGGCUGUUUCGGACACUCACCCGUCUCAGACCCAAAAACGACACUUGGAAGGGGUUUUGAACAAAUACACCAAUUUACUGCAAGGCUGGCAGCACAGGUACUUUGUGUUGGACCCUGAGCUCGGCCAGCUUCAGUAUUUCAUCAACGAGCACAGUAAGAACCAGAAGCCACGAGGGUCCCUGCCCCUCAUCGGCUCCUCGGUGGCCCCAAGCGACGAGUUUCCCUAUAUGUUCACAGUCUGUGCAGCAAAUGGAGAUUUCUUUAAACUACGGGCCUGUGAUGCACACGAGCAGCAGAUGUGGAUGACCCAGCUUCAGCUGUGUGCCCGUCGCCACUCAGACGGCAGUGCCAAGGGCUGCACCUCAUCUUCCUCCUCCUCCUGCAACACAUCCUCUUCCUCAUCUGUCGGCCGGACCCGCAGCUUCUCCCUGCACCCGCACCCUGUCCCACAGUGCUCCUCCAUCUCCACCCAAAGACAGACCCCCCAGCAUGGGACUCCUGCCUCUGUCAUCACCAUCACCCACCACAAGUCCCCCACCGCCAGCCAACGGGCCUGCAGCCAGCAUCCUGCAGGACUGCACCAGGUCAAAGAGGUCAUGUCCCAGGCAGAGGGCCAGCAGAAGAACCUGGUGAAUUCUAUCGAGUCGCUGCCGAGCCACGGGCCGCUGUCCUCCCUCGACCAGGACCUGCUCCUCCUCAAAGCCACGUCUGCAGCCACACUCAGCUGUCUGGGAGAAUGCCUGAGUAUCCUUCAGCACAACGUGUGCCAGGCGGCCCAACACAUCACCCAAAGCCACAUGCAGGGAUCACAUACAGAUAACAUCUGCAAUUGGUCAAGGUCCAAGACUGCCUCAGAAGACUAUGAGAAGAACGGAGAAUUGACACAUAACACCUCAACUGUACAUCAGCACCUCUCUCCACUUCACAGGAACAAAGAACGGCUCAAAGACACAGAGAGCUCCAGCUCAGAAUCGGUGGACUCCAGCGAGGAGAUCACAGACACAGAAGAUAAUGAGGAGGAAGACCUCGGAGUCUUAGAUGACCAGAGGAGCAUCAUCCUCCAUCUGCUGUCUCAACUCAAACUGGGCAUGGACCUCACACGGGUGGUGCUGCCCACGUUCAUCCUAGAGAAGCGCUCCCUUUUGGAGAUGUAUGCCAAUUUCAUGGCCCAUCCGGAUGUGUUUUUGGCCAUCACAUCGGGAGUGACGGCAGAGGAACGUAUGAUCCGGUUUGUGGAAUACUACUUAACCGCUUUCCACGAGGGGCGUAAAGGAGCGGUGGCCAAGAAGCCUUACAACCCCAUUCUGGGGGAGAGCUUCCACUGCACAUGGGACGUACAGCGAGAUAAAGUGCGGCCCCUCAGGACUACCAGCUCAAGUCCAGCCCCUGCGGCUGCUCAUUCCACCCAGAUCACCUCCAGUGAGGGGCUUGGGUCUUACCGGCUACGGUUUGUGGCUGAGCAGGUGUCCCAUCACCCCCCAGUCUCUGGAUUCUACUGCGAGUGCGAAGAGCAGCAGAUAUGCGUCAACACUCAUGUCUGGACUAAAAGCAAAUUCAUGGGCAUGUCCAUAGGAGUGUCAAUGGUUGGAGAAGGUGUUUUACAUCUCUUGGAGCAUGAUGAGGAGUAUGUGUUCACACUGCCAUCUGCCUACGCCCGCUCCAUCCUCACAGUGCCCUGGGUGGAGCUGGGUGGGAAAGUAUCCAUCUCCUGCGCCAAAAGCGGAUACUCUGCCACCGUCACAUUCCACACCAAACCCUUCUAUGGAGGAAAGGUUCACAGAGUCACGGCUGAGGUAAAACACAACCCCACCGGCACCAUCGUCUGCAAGGCUCAGGGGGAGUGGAACGGGACGCUGGAGUUCACCUACAGCAGCGGAGAGACCAAAGUGAUUGACACGUCCAAACUGCCAGUCAUUAAGAAGAAGAUCCGGCCACUGGAGAAACAGGGCCAGUAUGAAUCAAGACGGCUGUGGCAGCACGUGACUGCAGCGCUGAAGGCCGGCGAUAUCGAUGCGGCCACUGAACACAAACACCAGCUGGAGGAGAAACAGAGGAGAGAAGGGAAGCAGAGAACGGCCAGCAGCACCACCUGGAAACCCAAGUACUUCAUUAAAGAGGGGGAUGGAUGGGUGUACCACAAUCCUCUGUGGAAGACAAAGUGAAGUCACGCUGGAGCCACAUGAUUUGGGUCCGUUACAGACCUCUAGCCCCGCGGAUGGGGAGUGUCCAUUUGAGCCAAUGAGACUCGAGCAGGAGGGAAAGACAUUGAUCUGUUUGUCCAACUCUUAGUAUAGAGAAUGGAAGGUGCCAAAAACUAAAAAAAUGAACUUGAGGGUGGUAGAAAUACCUCAAAAAACCCUCUAGAUGAUGAAGAUUGGACGUGGAGGCCUGAAUUGUGUGACCUUGUGCAAUAUCUUUAUAUUUGUAUAUUACAUCUGGUAAUCAAUAAUACUGAGUAAAGUGAUUUUUCACACAGGAGAGAUGUAGCAUCUGUAUCAGAGUAUAACUGGUAUUUUAGAACAACAUAAAGGCAGAUAUUGAGUAUGUGAGUACAGUAUGUAUUCAUUUCCAAUAGAGCUCACCUCUCAUGUUCUUAUUUUAUUUGAAUGACUGAAUCAAUCUUACCAUAUGAGGACAGUAUUGUGCUUCAGUUGAGCUUCCUGAAGAAAAAAUAAAAUUGAUAUUUAAUAGAUUUAAAAAUGGUGUACAUGUAUUUUUCCCUCGUGAUGAUUUAGUAAGGUCAGUGAUAUGCAUGGAUUUCAGUCUCUUUACUUAUCCAUCAAAUGUAAGCUGGUUUUUAAAAAGCCGAUCUUCAGAAAUUUGACCUUUGCAUGGUUUAAUUUUUAACAUUAUACAUUUCUUUAACAGAAAAACCUAUUUCGAAGACUAUUCCUGCAGACGCGAAUGCCGUUUGUGUCACUUAACUCGUGUGUUCACACAAAAGCAUUCUGAAAACAAACCAAAAAAAGCAUGGUGCAUUUAACACUAGUUGUUUUAAUAGGGUGCAAAAUACAGCCUAUUUGUUCUUAACAAGUGGUCCUUGAAACGAGGUGAUCUAAAAAAAUAAAAAAACUAAGUUCAAAACAUUUUCUAUUGUCUGACAUUUGCCAUUUUUUGGUUUUGUCUAAUUAGCUUCAAUUUUAGUAAUUUUUCAAAGAAAUGUUAAAAAAAAUAAUUAUUUUGUGGCUUUAAAAAAAAACGCUCUAAAAAGUAUACAGCUUUGGUGGAAAGUGAAAUGCAUUCCAUUUGCAAUGUGACUAAUGUAGUAAACCGCAGCUGUCAGUUAAACUGGUUUGAGUUUGAAUCAGAGUAAGGAAACGUCAGACUGAAGCCUACAUUUUUCAGAAUAGUGUUGUCAUGAGGUACUUUUCCAGUCACAUGACAAGUACAGCUCAUCUGAUUCACUUUAGACGACAGCACCUGCUCGAUGUAAUGUGCAGGAGCUGCUCCCUAGAGGAAACCCAUAGAAUAACACCAAUGACCAGCAGCUGGAGCAGAUGUUUUGAAUAACAUUUCUAUUAAAACAAGAUGACAAAAUGAAAAAAAUAAAAAGGAUGUGAGAUUACAAACAUGGUUAAGGCAGAUUCUUUCAUUGAUUCUUUUAUUCACAAAUGGCAUCAACUCAUUCUCACAAACAGCAUCUUUGCCUCUCCCUCGUUUUUUAAAUUUUUUAUUUUACAAUUUAUGGAAUAAAUUUUAACUUGAAAAUGAAACGGAAAAUACAGUUUUUGCAUUUCAGGAUGAAAGGCUUCCUCUUCUCAACUUCAAAUGCAUUCUUGUUAAUAAAUACCUUCCCCUAAGCUUCAGAGCCCUCAGAGCAGAAUAAUGUGGAUGUGUUAUGGAGAAGAGGGGAAAAACGAUCUAAUUUUCCUUCUAAUUAUCUUAUAAAAACAGAUGACGCAAAAGCAAUACGCAAGGUUGAAAACCAGAAAGGCAGAAAACAAACAAAGACGGGAAGUUUUUAAUGGCAGCCCAGAAGAACCGAGGAAAAGAAAACCAACUGGAUGUUGCAGGAAGCACCCUUUUCAAUGUAAAAAUAAAAAUAAGUGAAUAUUCACACUAAAAAUACGCACUCUCCACCUGCAUGCUACUCAGUAGUGGAUCCACAUUAAGGUGAACUAAGACAAAGUGCAUUCAGGCUAGUAAUGCAGCAUUUUAUAAACCUACAACUAAUUCAAUUCACUUUUUGUCUUUGCAGACAGCUGAUUAGGAAGGGGAAAAAGACUUCUAAUUGGCCCAAGAAAACGUCCAUAAGCAUCCGUUUUUCGCAAACUUGUGCGCAGGAGAUGCCAAACCACAGCGCCCCCUCUGGACAAAACAACUGAGCGACACAGGAAAUAAAAGCCGAUUUUUCUUCAUUUGAAUUUAGAAUUAUUGCAUAAAAUAUUACAACAAAUAGAAAAACUAAACGGAAACAUUCAAAAUGAUGUAACAAACAAAAUUAUUUAUAUAUAUAAAUCACCACAAGAGUUAAACAUUUCUAAUAGAGUCAUUUGCAAAGUCUGCCUUAAAAAAACUAAACAAAAAACAAAUCAAGAGCCACAAAGAGCCCACUGCAUUCUGUCACAUAGGAAACCGGGCUUGUUAGAUAACAGUUAAAACCAAGAGAGCAUUUUAGAGGCUGCACACUGUAGACGGCUACAAAUUUCUUUAGAUUUUUCCAUAUCUUUUAUUCUUAAGUUGUUGUUGUUGUUUUUUUAAAUCAAAAGUUAAUUUAUUACAGGCUCUGACAAAACGAAAAAUCUCUUUGGUGCUCCAAGGUCCACUGGGCUUCAUGAAAUUCAUAUUUUUAGCGUUCGGGUUGGAUUAGAUUAAACUGUACCACAAACACAGUGCGUGCCAUUUGAGACACCGGCAGCGCUCUCACUUCACCAGCACAUUCAAGUACAAAAAAAAAAAAGAAAA